AUGGAAGUUAAUCAAAGAAUCAACAAUUCUUCAAUAAAUUCAAAGUGAGUAUUCAUUAUUUUAAUGUAGGUAGAUAGGAUAAGUAAAAAUAACUAUAAUUAUAGUACUUAGAUACUAAAAACGGUUGUCAAUAAAAACCUUAUUUUUAAUCUUUAAAUGUUUUUUAACCUAAAGAACCAGGUUUUCCUUAUUAUCACAAAUAUUAGUGAGAAUUUCAAAAAAUGACCUCUCCAAUACAUUCUUCGAUAAACUCUGAAUCUAAAAUGAAUUUAGGUAUUGUUUGUUAUUUGAAAUUCAAAUAAUUCACUAAUAUCGGUUUAUCUCUUUAUUUUGCCAUGAUGAAAACCAUAAGUUUCAGUACUCUUCAAUUCUUGUUCCUCUCUGUUUUGUGAGAAUAUUGUCAAAAGCCCUUUUUACGAUUUGUUUGGCCUUAUAAUUUUUUAUUCUUAAACAAAAAUUAGGACAAUUUUAUAAGUUUGCUAUAUAUCAUAAUAUAAUGAUCUCCUCUACCAAUAGUGGAUACCUAACUGAUUAUUAUGAUUUUAAAAUGUUUCAGAUAUACUAUUUACUUUGAAGCAGAAAUGAACAAUGACAACUAACAUCUGCAGUAAGUAUUUUAAAAUUAUUUUUUUCAACUUAAAUAAAAUAAAAACAAUUUAAUUUGUAAAUUUUAUUAUUUCAUAUAACAUAUGUAGUAUAGUAUAAAGGGUGUUCCACAAAGUUAUAGCCAUUGGAAUAUUUCUGAAGCUAAUUUUGAUAGUCAAAGUUUGUUUUUUUUUUUUAUAUUACUCUCAGGGAUUAGAACUAUAAAUAUUUUUGUAUUGCAAUUCAUUUUUUAUGACUUGAUAAUAACUUUUUGAAAAGAAGUAUACAGUCAAUUAAUCAUAAUAAUAAUCAAUUAGAUAGUAAGAUUAAUGUCUGCUGCAUAAUUAUAGGUACUUUUCUCUAAAUUUUAUUAAAUAAAACAUUAUUUGCAAUAUAAUUAUUUGUAGUACUUCUCAUUCCAGUGACUUAUUAUAUAUAUUAAAAAAAGAAACAUCAGAAUUUGAUUAUCUUUAUUAUCUCUGGAGAUAUUAUAAUGGGUAUACCUUGUAGAACACUGUAUAAUUGAUAAUUAAAAAUGUUUUAAAGCUUUCCUAUUGUAUCUUUUUCAAAAGGUCAAUUUGGUUAGAGUUUUUAGUGUACUAUCCUACAUAAGAUAUAAUUUUUGAUAUUUUAUUUAAUUCUAAAUUUAAGGUGUCUUGUUCAUACAACUAUGAUUUUAUAACUUUUUAGAUUUAAAAUUAACUCUGAAGAAGAAAUACAAUAUUUAAAUAUACGAACAAUUGAAGUAAAAACAGAAAUUGAUUUAUUAAACGAUUGCGAGUUUGAAAGUUUAUUACUUAAAAAUGAAUACCAACCAUCAAAGUAAGUUUUUUUUUUAAAAUUGAUUAUUUUAAUAGCAUCAAUUUAAAUUAAAUGAAACCCAAAUGAAAGCCCAAAUUCUAAUUUGAUAAGAAAACUCCCUAGAAAAUUACAAAAAUUACCUCCUUAGUAAAAGUUUCUUUUAAAAGCGUUGCUUUAAUUAAAAGUUUGAGCAAAAUUGAUGGUAGAAAAGUUGUUAACAGAAAAAAAAAUGUUAAAAUUAUAUUUAUUAUAUUUUGUAAAUUUUUCCAUUUGAUGAGAAAACUUUAGAAAAUCGAAAAAUUGCCUCUCUAAAUUAUCUCUCUAUUUCGCUCCACUCAGAAUCUAAAGACAUUUAAAUUAAUUUUGUAUUACUAUUCUCCUCCAACCCAAACUUAUAAGUGGAAUAUCUUAUUGUAAUUGUUACAAGAUAUAUUAUAAAAUAAUUGUAUAAUAAUAUUUCAAUCUAUUAUUAUAUUAUCUGAUAAUUCCAUUUUAUUUAGUUUUAAGUUUAAGGUAAUUAAUAUACAUUGUGAUUAUAAUAUUUUUAGAUACAUACACAAUUCUAAAGAAGAAGUACAACAAUCAAAUAACCAAACAAUUGAAAUAAAAAAAGAAUUUGAUUUAAUAAAUGGUUGUAUGUUUGAAAAUAUAAUAACUAUUGAAAAUGAUCCUAUGGAAUUAAUUUUACAUACAAUAUCAUAA